GUAAAAACUAAAAAGUUGAUAAUAAUCUCUCAAUUCACUCAAAGAACAAAACCCUGAUAAAAAAAACCCCUAGCCCGCCGUGUCCUACAACAGAACAAUUCACUCACAGUCCACUUUUGAAGCGAAGUCGCGCAAGUCACUUGAUCUUCUUUCCCCUUCAAUCAAACAAAAAGCUUAAAUAGUAAUCCGCCAUUUCAUUUGAUUUUCGGUUUGUUUAAACUUUCAUGGCGACGGCAGCUCUUUUGCGUCGUGUCUCCAAAACCCAAAACUUGAGUCUCCUUUGUAGACCCAGUAGAAGUUUAAAUUUCACUUCUAUUUCAGCUCUAAUGGACAGGAAUCCCAUUGGAGUCCCCUGCCAAGUGAGAUCAAUAGUGACUGCUGUUGAAACUGUUGCUGGGUUUGAUGAGAUGGUAGUUGGGACCCAACAAAAAUUCUACAUGUUGGGUGGAAAAGGAGGUGUUGGAAAAACAAGCUGUGCUGCUUCCCUUGCUGUAAAAUUUGCUAACAAUGGCCAUCCCACAAUAGUGGUCUCAACUGACCCUGCUCACUCCUUAAGUGAUUCCUUUGCCCAGGAUUUAACAGGAGGGAUGCUUGUUCCUGUUGAAGGAGUGGAUUCUCCAUUAUUUGCUCUUGAGAUAAACCCUGAGAAAGCUAGAGAAGAAUUCCACACAGUAAACCCAAAGACUAUGGAUGGAAUGGGCCUUGGCAUGCUUGCUGACCAGCUAGGGGAACUAAAACUGGGAGAGCUAUUGGACACUUUUCCACCUGGUCUGGAUGAAGUUAUUGCGAUUUCAAAGGUUAUGCAAUUUGUUGAAUCCCAAGAAUAUAAUAAGUUUACUCGGAUAGUAUUUGAUACUGCACCUACGGGCCAUACACUUCGGCUUCUAUCCCUGCCUGACUUCUUGGAUGCAUUUUUAGGCAAAAUGAUGAAGCUGAAAAAGAAGCUAGCUUCAGCAACUUCAGCACUCAAAUCUAUGUUUAGAAAAGAAGAGGCACAACAAGAUACUGAGGACAAACUGGAGGUAUUAAGAGAGAGGAUGGCUAAAGUGCGAGACCUUUUCCGUGACUCAGACAGAACCGAGUUUGUUAUAGUAACAAUUCCAACGAUUAUGGCAGUAAACGAGUCGUCAAGGUUGUGUGCAUCGCUAAGUAAAGAAAGUGUUCCAGUUUGGAGGCUUAUUGUCAAUCAGGUUCUGCCUCCAUCUGCAUCACAUUCAGAUUGCAAGUUCUGUGCAAUGAAAAGGAAGGAUCAGAUGCGUGCGCUUGAUAUCAUCCGGAACGACCCACAACUCAGCAGUUUGAGAUUAGUCCAGGCACCUUCAUUUGAUGUCGAGAUAAGAGGCGUCCCAGCACUUAAUUUUAUGGGCAAUACAGUUUGGAGAUAGAAUUUAUUUUUUGAAAUAUACAUCUUUAGAUAUUCUGCUAAAUUAACAAAAUGUCUGGAUAUUAGGACUUCUAAUUUACAUUGCCUCGGGCAAGCUGAUUAUAUGGAGGCAUUAGGGUUGUAGCUGACAUAGGAAGGUGCAAGAAAACUUGAGAGAAACUACUCUCUGCAGCCAGUAGAAGUUUUUUUUCAUGCUCACUGCUUUCAACUAUGUAAAAAACAAGAAACAGAAGUGCCUUUAUCUAGAACUGGAAUGUCUGCAGUAAUGUUUUCUUUUAAUAUUGUUUAAGCAACGAAUUCAAAUAUUUUAAUUGAAGGUAUAAGUGCCAGAAAGAAUAUUAUCA